CUGAUAAUAUCUCUGAAAUUACUGAAGAUGGUCGAUGCUGAUGUGGCUGAUAAUAUCUCUGAAGUUACUGAAGAUGGUCCUAUGUUGGUGGAAGCAUUUGUUUUAUCGUUGAUUAUCACUUUUCAACUCCAAUGCAUGAAAAGUCGGCGUGAAGGGGAACUUACAAUUCAAGAAUUGGGACGCGUUGAAACAGAGAUUGAAUAUCGAGAUUAUUGUAUGGUCAAGGAACGUGUCGUUGACAGAUCGAAAGCGGAAGCGUUUUACCAACUCCAACACCGCGAAGGUGCAGACAUUAUAACUCAAAGUAAAGCCCGAGUCGAUGUGGCUUACCAUGAAGAAGUGAUAGUGAAAGAAGGCGUCGUAAGCGCUAAAUUCAACGUGACAUUCCCGACAAAGUUUUUUUGCAUCUCCAAGAAUGAUAUAAUAAUAACUUUGAGGCUUAUUCCAAAUCCAAAAUAUACGGCAUUUAUCCAUUUCCUGAUACUUGCACCAUAA